GCGGGGCGGGACAAGAUGGCGGCGCCCAGGCGGUAGCUCGCGUGUUGCGGGCGGAGGGAAGCGGCAGCAGGCCCGGCUCGUCGCCGCCAUGUCGGGCCGCCAAGGAAACAAACUGCCCAGCAACCUGCCCCAGCUGCAGAACCUUAUCAAGCGGGACCCGACCUCCUACACUGAAGAGUUUCUCCAGCAGUACCACCACUACCAGUCCCAUGUGGAGAUUUUCACCUUCCAACCGGACAAGCCCAGUAAGGAGCUGGCUGAACUGGUGAUGUUCCUGGCACAGGUCGCCCACUGCUACCCGGAGCACAUGGCCAGCUUCCCCCAGCACCUGAAGGAGCUGCUCUCCCACCACCACACCGUCCUGGAUGCAGACCUGCGCAUGACGUUCUGUAAGGCUUUGAUCUUGCUAAGAAACAAGAAUCUAAUAAAUCCGACGAGUUUGCUGGAGCUCUUCUUCCAACUGCUGCGGUGUCACGAUAAGCUCCUACGAAAAACUCUGUAUACUCACAUCGUGUCAGACAUCAAGAAUGUCAAUGCUAAACACAAAAACAAUAAAGUAAACACAGCACUGCAGAACUUCAUGUACACUAUGUUGAGAGACAGCAAUCCCACUGCUGCCAAGAUAUCACUGGAUGUGAUGAUUGAACUUUACAGGAGGAAUAUUUGGAAUGAUGCCAAAACAGUGAAUGUCAUCACAACUGCAUGCUUUUCAAAAGUGACAAAGGUAUUAGUUGCUAGUUUGAAGUUCUUUCUUGGGAAAGAUGAAGAUGAGAAACAAGACAGUGACUCCGAAUCUGAGGAUGAUGUUCCCACAGCCAGAGAUCUGAUGAUGCGGUAUGCAACCAACAAGAAAACCACCAAGCGCAAGAAGAAACUGGAAAAAGCGAUGAAGGUCCUCAAGAAACAGAAGAAGAAGAGCAAGCCAGAGGUCUUCAACUUCUCUGCUAUUCACCUGAUUCAUGAUCCCCAAGACUUUGCAGAGAAACUGCUGAAACAGCUGGAGAACUGCAAGGAACGAUUUGAAGUGAAGAUGAUGCUCAUGGACCUAAUAUCUAGGCUGGUUGGAAUACAUGAGCUUUUUCUUUUUAAUUUCUACCCCUUCGUUCAGAGAUUUCUGCAGCCCCAUCAGAGAGAAGUGACAAAGAUUCUUCUGUUUGCUGCACAGGCUUCACAUCAGCUAGUACCACCAGAGAUUAUCCAGUCAGUGCUAAUGACCAUUGCCAACAACUUUGUCACUGACAAGAAUUCUGGGGAGGUCAUGACUGUAGGGAUCAAUGCAAUAAAAGAAAUCACUGCAAGAUGUCCGUUAGCCAUGACUGAAGAUCUGCUCCAAGACCUCGUUCAGUACAAGACUCAUAAAAAUAAAAAUGUGAUGAUGUCUGCAAGAACUCUGAUACACCUUUUCCGUUCUCUGAAUCCAGAGAUGCUGCAGAAGAAAUUCAGGGGUAAGCCUACUGAGGCCUCAUUGGAAGCCAGGAUUCACGAAUAUGGAGAACUGGAUGCCAAAGAUUAUAUUCCAGGAGCAGAAGUACUGGAUAUUGAGAGUCAAAAUGAAAAGGGAGGAACCCAAGAGGAAGAUGGAUGGGAAAGUGCUAGUCUGAGUGAGGAAGAUGAUAAUGAAGAUGGAGAAUGGAUUGAUGUGCAUCACUCCUCAGAUGAGGAGCAGCAAGAAAUAGCAGAGAAGGUGAAAAGCAUGCCCAUAGAGGAACGAAAGGCCAAAGCUGCAGCAGUCAGUACAAGCAGGCUGCUAACUCAAGAAGAAUUCCACAAAAUACGUCUUGCCCAGCUUUCUAAAGAACUUAAUUCUGCACCUGGCAAAGCUGCGAAGAGGAAAAAUAUUGAAAUAGACGAUGAAGAGGAGGAGAGCAGGGGAGAGUUGCUUUCACUCAGAGAUAUUGAACAUCUGCAUAAGAAGCCUAAAUCGGACAAGGAGACCAGACUGGCAACUGCAAUGGCUGGAAAAACAGAUAGGAAAGAAUUUGUGAAAAAGAAAACAAGAAUUAACCCAUUUGCCAGCUCUUCCAACAAAGAAAAGAAAAAGCACAAGAACUUCAUGAUGAUGAGAUAUAGCCAUAGUGUUCGGACGAAAAAUAAGAGGUCUUUCAGGGAAAAACAGCUGGCUCUUCGAGAUGCACUUCUGAAAAAGAGAAAACGGCUGCUGAAAUAACAAAACAGUAAUGGAGAGGAGUACUUCAUCACCCAUGAAGACAUAGCCCUAGAAAUGCUGGUUUCUGCCCCCUGCCACUCCAAAGGAAAAAAGGGACUAAAAUGCCUUACAGAUCAGAAUUACAAAUUGAAUGCUUCCAAGCUCAAGCUGUUGGAUGUAGCAACUAUGGGACAGAUGGAAGAAGCCUUAAUCCUGGCAGGAUUCUGGUUUUUUUUUUUUUUUUUUUUAAAGUAUUCUGGGGAAGAAGGCAAUUAGCUUUUAUUGAAUAUAACUUACAGCUGGUUUUGUAUGUGAAAGUAUUAAAACAUACAACCUUAUUGUAAAAAAUAUUUUACUUGAAGCAAUUAAUGAAUAGAUAAUUGGAAAGAAAGAGUAUUCUGGCUCAGCCUAUGAAAUGUGUAUAUAAUUUCUGUGCCUGUCUUACGGAUGUGAUUUAAUAGACAAAGCCAUUUUGUAAGUGGCUGGUUUUUACCUGUUCAAUAAUAAUAAAAAAACCAAAUCCUUGUAAUACAGGUAAGUUCAAGUGAACAGGUAAGGGGAAGAACAGUUUCAUUAUGCUUUAUGAGAAGAAGACUAAAAUUGGUAUAUGGGAGCUGGUUUUCAUGUAGCCGUUUAAGUAGAAAGUUAGCUUUACAUGCAGGAGAACUAAGGAAUCUUAUUUUCCUGUAUUGGUGCAUCUUGUGGCGGGACUUGCUGGUGUCUGAUUUUUUUUAAGUAUACACGAGAAUAACAUGAACCUGUAGAUUCUUUGUGAAA